AAGUAGAAAUCAGUAAUAGAGAAGAAGUGACAGAGCGUAAUUUUGUAAAGGGCCCAAGUCGGAAUGGAGGAAGAGAAUUUCCAAUUUCUGAUCCGUAAGAGAGCCUCUAAAAUUUCUGGUGGGCACCUAAAGUCUGAACCACAAAACAACGGAGUCACCCAUCCAUACCCCGCUCCGUUCAUGGCCAACCAAUCAUCCCUCUGUCAACUUUGUCUCCAACCACCAUCUUUACCACCGCCGCCGCCGCCUAAACUACUGCUGCUGGCUGUAACUGAGCAAUUCAAUUGAAAAAUUCAUUCACAUGUCUUCACAUCAGUCACCACCACCACCACCAUCUUUACCUCAGCCGCACCACCUUCAACUCCAAUCUCCUCAUCAUCUCCCCAAAAAACCCAUCACUUCACUCCCAGACUUCAUCUUCACCGCCUUCUCCCUCUUCCUUCUCGUCUCUUCUCCCAAAUCCCCCACCACCGCUUUCGUCGCCCUCCCCAAAAUCUCUUUCCCGCUCAACCCUCGCAGGUUUCUCAGAAUCCCCGACAUGUCCCUCCCUUCUUCCAAAUCCCCCAGCAACCCCAGCUUCCCUACCCCUCAAUCCCUCUCCGAUUGGCUCAAGCCCCGCUUGCCUUCCGACUCCUUCGCUUCCUGGGGUGUCAAGCCCGGCACCAAAAACGUCCACAAUCUCUGGCUCGAGCUCUCCGAGGGCGAAACCUUGCUCGCCGAUUCCUCUCCUCCCAUUCGAUCCCUCCAAGUCGUCGUUGUCAGGGUCAUCGGCAAACAUAAUCGAGUCCUCCUCGAAUCCCACCAAGAAUUGUCCAACGGCGUCAUUCGCCACCGCUGCAGGCCUCUGUCUGAGAAAAUGAAGCCCGGGGAAUCCGUCGAGGCCGCUGUUUCUCGAGCCGUGACAGAAGAGCUGGGCUCCGCGAUUCGUGGAGAUUUUGGUGACGAGGGCAUUGUUAAGAUUGUGCCCGAUUCGUAUUGCAAGAAGGUGGAGGAGAGGGUUUCUGCGUCUUAUCCGGGAUUACCAGCUUGCUAUGUUCUGCACACGGUGGAUGCUGUUGUGGAGGGCUUGCCGGAAUGCGAAUUUUGCACGGAAGAGGUUGAGGAGUACAUAGAUUCCGAGAUGAAGAGAGUGGCCGAAGGUGCAUUUUCGUGUAAAAAGCAUUUUUGGAAGUGGGUUGAUCCCUGUUCUGUUUAAACUUUAGAAUCUUUGAUGUGAGAGGUCAGUUUUGAGGUCUCUUGACCGGAGCAAAUUUUGGUGCAUCUAAGUUCUAAUCCUCAAAUAGGUUAGUGCUUGCCAGCAGCAGCUGAAUGUAUAGACACCAGCACUCUUGAAUGAUGGAACAAUGACUGUCCUCCUUCAGCUUAUAUUCACUUCCUCAAGGAUCUUGCUAUUGGUAUUUUGCUUGUGUCUGUUGUACAGUAUAGGUAGAUGCUCAAUGAAGUCUUGAUCGAUUUCAAGCUAAACUGAUGCUUUUACAAACAUUAUAGCGUUGAGAAUGCUAUGCCACGAUUACGAACGUUCAUUCCCCCUGCCUUAAA